CCAUGUUUUGUUGGUUUCUUUUUCUUUCUCUCAAGCUUUUAGCUACAGUCAGAGAAAUAUUUUUUGUAGCCAUUAUAUUGCAUAAAUACAGAAAAAUAUAAUUUCACUUUUAUUUCUAGGAGCUUUUAAUUUAGUAAGAGUUUUCUAAAUUAAAAGAGCUUUUAAUUUAGAAAAUACCUUUCCCAAUAGGAAAGGUAUUUUCAGUAUCACUUAAAUAUCAGCAGAGCAGGUGUUUUUUGAAUUGUGACAAUGGGUAGGGAUCAGGCAUUACAGAACAGCUUGGGGCUAGUUUCUGUGAAUGAAACAUUCUUUUUGUGUUUCUGAGGCAGUUUUUUUCUUCUAAGAAUUUAUUUUUAAAAUUAAAUCUAUCUAUCUACAUGCCUGUAGAGGGGUUAUAGGCUCAUCCUAAAUAUGAAAUAACCCUUAUAUGGUCAGCUGCACAGAAUGAAAAUUUGAUCUUAAACUCAGGAAAUAGAUGCCCCGUUUCCCAUUCCACAGGCUCCUCUUGAAACCAAGAUUUGCUGGUAUUCCCACUUCAGUUUCAGCUAACUGAAGCAAAUCUUAGCUCUUGUUGAUGCUUUGAAAGUAUUUUGGGGGAAGGUUUGGCAGCUAUAGCCAGAUUCAGAGGCAAGAGUUUGCCACACUGGAUGAACUCGGAGGAGACAAGGCUCUCCAUCCUGUGUAGAGGUGAAAAUGCUGCUGCUGAGUGAUGUGUUUUACAAGCAGCAGAUCCUAGCUCCUCAUUUGUCAAUAUAAGAUGAUAGAUAACUUUCUUUACAGUUUUCCUCUUUUACUGUUAGAAGACAGAGUAAGAUCAUCUUAUUUAGUUUUAUUGCGUAGUUUUUUAAAAAAAGAAUUCUUGUUCUUUAUCUCUAGAAAAAUACUAGAACUGAGCAGAAUUUGUUGGUGUCAUUGAGUUUCAUGAAGAAUAGUCUUACCAUGUUCUUUUCUUUUCCUGCUCUUCCCAUUAUAUCAAUCCUAGUACUUGUCUUGUUGUUUUGUAAUAAGCUUCUCAGUGAACUGAUUCUUCAACUUCUUUCAGCAGUGCCUCGUGUGUUGCCUUCUGCAAGAUCUAGUUUAGAAAGUAGGAGUGAGUAUAAGCAUUUAAAAUUGCACCUUACCUUCCUUCAGAUGUGACAGUAACACAAAAUUUGCCAUGUUUAUUUAAGGUUGAUCCUUCAGAUCACCUUGCUGUGUUUACUAGAUCACUUUACCAAAAGAUAUGGAAAUCAGUUAGAAUGUGCAGUUUUUGUUCUGCUAAAUAAAGAGCAGUGACAGGCCCAUGAUGGUCUUUUGUGUGCUGCUGAUUCUCCCAUUUCUCAGUUAUUCCUGCAUUUUUCCUCCUUCAUACUGGGACAAUUUUAUUCGUUCUCUUUCUGAUCUUUUUUCCUUCUCAAAAAGGCCAUGGCCUUCCUCUGGGACUUGUUGAAUUGUCAGGCAGAACAAUCUACCCCAUGCAUGCUCCACCCCAUUCUACUUAGUCUUCAGUUUCUCAAUCAAAAAAUAAGAAAAUUCUUCAUGCUUAGCUAAGACCAGAAUAUUUAUGGAGAUGAUUUUUUUUUUCUGUUUUGUUUCUUUCUGCCUUUUCAGGAAGCUUUAUUUUCCCUGCAACUUCUAAUUUCUGUAUCCUUUCGUGCUACUUGAUUUUGUGUUCUGUUUGAAAGCAAACAAACAACAGCAAAGUACCCUGUGGUAGUGUCUAUUUGUAUCUGUGUCUUCAGAAAACAUAUGUUAAAUUUGGGUGUUUGGAUAGAUAUAUUUAAGUCUUGGAUAUACUUGCCCAGCAACUAAAGGUGUGUCUGCUCUAACUUGGCAAACCCAUGCUACCUUUAAUCAGGGUAGCACACAUGAUGAAAUAUUUGAAGAGGCAGGUUUAUGGAUUGCCAGCACAAUUUAGUGACAGAAAUCUAUGCUGUACAUGAAAGCUCUGUUGAAGUUCAUGCCAGUACACCUUCACUGCACACUGAUCUUGUUUAUCAUCUUGGCUCUAAGCUUUGCAUCUUUUACUCUGAGCAGAAUGAGCAGGUAAACAGUUGGAGGAUUCCUAGCACACAUUGCCAGAAUCUGCAGCGCCAUUUCUGGCAUUACUUGCUUAACAUCUCUUCAAGUUUGACUCAUACUCACUUAGCAAAUGGCUGGUAUCAUAACAGUGUUGCUACUUCUCCUGCUGUUUGUCAUUGGUCCUGGGCCAGAAUUUGCCACACUGACUGAAGUUACGAGAAUGUAUGCAGUCCAUUGUCACUUGAAUUGGAAACCUGUUAGCAGAGUUUAAAACUGCAGGAAGCUUAGCAUCAUACCAUGCACCAAAUGCUUCAAUUAGACUGCUCAUCUUGGCUGCUGGUGUUUCUUCUUCAUUGCUGGUUCAAACAGUGACAUGGUGGUCAGGAAACAGUCUACAAAGGUUCAUUAGGAUAUGGGGCUUCAUGCUAGGCAAGAUACUGCUCCUUGUUCUCCGUAUCUGGUACACAUCACUUAAUCCAGUCUGGAGCUCACAAGUUGCCAAUACUGUCAUAUUGACAGUUGGUUUCAUAGCAGCAGUGGAGCAAAUCCAUUCAGGUGGAGACAAGAGGAAACAAGAAACAAACAAAACUGCUAAUGUCAUUAGAGAGACUGCUUCCCAUCCUCAUUGGUUUUUAUCAGGGAUUGCUUUUGGCAGCCUUAUGUUCCUCACUCUGUGGAUAUUUGGGGAGGUUUCCUUAAUUUCCAGAUGGGCAGUAAGUGGACAUCCACAUACAGGUCCAGAUCCUAAUCCAUAUGGAGGUACAGUUCUGUUGGGCCUUGCUCAUGGACUGAUGCUUUCAUUUUGGAGCUGGUCUUCUAUCAUCAGUUUUGCCUUGUUUCUUAUAGGUUUGGCAUCUGCAGCUGGCCUCCUUUAUUUACACACCUGGAGUGCUGCUGUUGCAGGCAACAUUCUUGGUAUCUUUACUAUGUGUGUGUGGCCUCAACUAGCUGGGCGCUUUAUUAGCUGUCCGCAUCCUGGGAAAGCCAUGAGCACAGCCAUGUUUGCCUACGUUCUUGAAUUGUUCUUCUGUGUAUGGUGUACAGCUUAUAAAUUUGUACCUGGAGGAGUUUACAUUAGAGAAAGCUCCCAUCUUCUUCUAGGUUUUAUAAUGUUAUGUAUUGGGGUAGACUUUCUAACAGGACCCAAGAAAGCCCUUAGCUCUGUCUUUGAAGUGAAAAGCAAUCAAAAACCAUUCUUCAAAAGGAGUAAAAACUAUAUUAAACUAUUAUUGUGGCUGUUUGUUGGUGUUGGCUUGCUUGGAUUGGGUUUGCGUUAUAAAACUUACCAGAAGAAGUUGGGCCAAGGGGUUCCAAAAAGAGAUUUCUCUGCUAUGAUCUGGCCUUUUAGAUUUGGAUAUGACAAUGAAGGAUGGUCUAAUUUGGAAGGAGCAGCUAAUUUGCUUAAUCAGACAGAAGCAGAUUUUAUCACUAUUAUAGAGAGUGAUGCCUCUAAACCAUUCAUUGGAAAUCAUGAUCCAGCCAUGUGGCUAGGAGAAAGACUGGGAUUUUACACAGAUUUUGGUCCAAGCACAAGAGAUCACACCUGGGGGAUUAUGGCACUGUCCAGGUAUCCAAUUGUAAAAUCGACCCAUCACCUCCUUCCAUCUCCAGAGGGAGAGAUUGCACCUGCCAUCUCCCUGACUGUCAACUUCACAGGGAAGCUGGUUGAUUUUGUUGUUGCUCACUUCGGAAAUGAAGAAGAGGACUUGGACAGAAAACUCCAAGCAAUAGCUGUUUCAAACCUCUUGAAGACUAGCUCUAAGCAAGUUGUGUUUCUAGGAUACAUCACUUCAGCUCCUGGAUCCAGAGACUAUACUGAAUUAAUAAAAAAUGGAAAUGUGCAGGAUAUUGACAGUACAGACAGGGACAGAUGGUGUAGCUAUAUUAUGUAUCGUGGAGUAAUAAGGCUGGGUUAUGCCCGCAUAUCUCAUGCUGGUUUAAGUGAUUCAGAAGUCCAGAUGGCCAAAUUUAGAAUCCCGGAUCACGGGGAUAGCUAUGUUGACAACGACAGAAUUGUCACUGAUCCCAGCCAAGUUCCUGAGGACAUCCAUUUCAAUCCCAGGUUUGGAUCUUAUAAAGAUGGACAUAAUUAUGUGCCUAUUCAUCACUUUCAUAUGAGCACGCCUAAAUAUUUUAAACGGAAAAAUUAGAGCAAGAAAAGAAAAUUAUUAUUCAGACCAACAAGAAAGGUUUGUUGCUUGAAACUGAAUUGACAGCCAAAAAGACUACACUGUUUAAGACUGAGCAACUCCCAUGCUGCACAACACUGUGAAUGUCUAUGUAACAGUUGGUGAAUGAGCUGCCAUCACUGUGAGGGAGGGAAGAUGCACGCAUUUUGGUAAACUGGUUGGCCAGAUACCUGCUUUGUAUGCAACAAAGCAAGGCUGGGAACUUGCUUUGGCAACAACUUCUUCAGCUUUUGUGAAGGUAUCAUAUAUCAUGACGUUUCAGAGUGCUAUUGCUGCUACUAAAAUAAAAAGAUUGACCUAGGGUUUUUCAAAAUAGGAAUGGAACUAGUGUAUUUUUUAAUUGGGAGAUAUGCCAUAAGUAUGUGUUUGAAGUGUGCACCUUUUUGACUCAAACAGUAUUUACAUCUGCUGCUAUUCUACAUUUUAUUCUUAAAUGAAUUUUACAACAAUUUGCAGAUAAUUGAUGUUCAUAAUGCUGGAGAAAAAGAGGUGACUUAUAGAUUUCAUUUUAUUAACUGGACAUUAGACACUUCAAUGCUUUUACAAAGGGAAGAGUACCUCUGAAUAAUGAUGGUUAUGAGACACCUGCAUGAACACACUGACAAAGAAUUAAGAACAAUCAUGCUCAACAUAACAAGGUUUCUGAGAAGGGAGAAAAGUUGGUUGUAACUUUUAUUUAAGAUGAACUGUAAUAAUGGAGGGGAAAAGACCUUUCUUUCUUUGCUAGUGCUACACUUCAGUAGGACUAAAUAGAAGUGUUGCUUUUUUGACCUAGGCAGUGAAUUCCCUGUUAUGCCGUGCACGUGACACAAUGUAAAUUGUGUCUUCUCAGGGUCUCUUGGCAAUGUCUUAUGUAUUUAGCUCCUGAUCCUUCAGUAUACGUGCAGAGCUUCCCUUUAACAAUGAGGACAUCUUCAGUGUCAUCCAAAGGAUGUUUCCUGUUUGUGAGAAGCAUGCUAGAUAAUUUACAUGACACAUUCAGUUUGGAAAGCACAUUUGUGAUGUUGGGAUUCAAUCCUGUGUGUCUUCCCAGUCCUAUCUAAGCAUACCUUAACUGAGAGGAAUAGGAUAUGUUGCAGGAAAGAGGAUGGAUUUUUUUUUUCUCCCUCUUAAUUCUUCACCAUAUACUUUUAAGAACAGCUUGAGUGCAUUCAAUUUGAUUGUUUCUCAAUGUAAGCAAAUACAGGAUGGGUUUUUACCCAGGGUUUCUUGUCCUAUGGAGUCAGGAAAUUGCUGCCAGCACCACACUUAUUGCUUUAUUUGGAUCACCUAUCAUUUUGUUCCCUUGUUUUCAGAGCUGUGUUUCUGAGAGUGAAACUGAUCACUGGCCUUUAUGGACAGAGGAUAUCUGAAAGGCAUUUAAGUCUCAGUGGUUAUGUAUUCAUCAUCUCAGAUGUAACUGACAAUUAAUGAGGCAUUGUUGAACUAAUUUCUCACCUAUGGGUGCUUGGUGUGUGUUUACAAGCCCUCUGAACUUGUUCUUUGUGUGGCUCCACAGCAAGACAGGAUAAAUGAUGUUGUGGAGAGAUCCAAAUUAUUUUCUUGCAGUUUUAGCAGUUUUCUUCUGCAAACACCAGUAGCCCUUGUCUCUUCUUUCUCCCAGCUUGCAAAAACAGCUGGCACUGGCACCAACAUUGCACAGUGCUCUGAGUAUCCUAAUUUAUUUUGAGCAUGCUCUCAUGCUAGCUAUGAUGCAUGUCCAGCCACAGGUCUGCCUUUUCAUAGUCUGUAGAACUCUGGACAUUAUCUUGUCACAUUAUUUAACAUUCUCCACAGGCUGACUCUGCAAAUACCUUGUAAUGUGAGCAGAUUAUUAAUGUGAAAUGCAAGAAAUGAAACAUGUAAGUACAAAAAGGUUGAAAACUCCUAAUUUUUUAACAAUUAAAAAAUAGGAUGAGGAUAUUUUCCAAGAAGCCAGAUAGCAUAACAUGACUUGCAUAACAGAGCAGAUUAUAACUCAUAUCUGUAUGUAAUCUUCAAAGUCUCUGAGCAUACUUUAAUGGAUUUUUUUACAGGAUUUAGACACGCUCACCCUAUUAGGAAGGUUCAUGUUGACAGUGAAAAAAUCUUAAAUUUGAAUAUUCUCUUCUUCUAAGUAGCUUGUGUAGUUUAAUGUAUGUAAUUAGUAGCUAAUAUUUGUUGACAUUUGCAUUAUUUUAUCAAAAUUAUUAAGAAAAAACAUGACCACAAACAGUUUGUAUACUCCUUCUACUCCUGUGGUUAGAAUUGGGAAGCUAAAACUAAACUUUAUUUGUCCUUACAUCCACACACUGAUCUAAUCCCUUGAUAUUUAAGUGGCUUAGGAAAAUGUGCAUUAUAUAUCUAAGUCACAAUCAUUGUUUCAAACUAUGACAGAAAUGUGCUAGAACAGGUCCUGCUGCAGGGGUGUGUGACUAAUCUUUUCGUUUUCUAAUCAUACUCUCUUCAUCUCAACUUUCCUAAGAAAGUAUGUUAUGAAAGAAGAAGUUUGUGGAUAUCUUUAUGCAUUCAGAGAUGGCAUGCAAAGAAAAUAAUCUAUAAAACAAACAGUAUUUACUAAAGGUUUGAACUUUUACUUGUGCUAAAAGGUCUAGAUUACAUAUUUCUGACUUCUAAAUAAUAUGUAUUCUGUUGAACUCCAAAUCCCAUCCUCUGAAAUUCUGUGCAGGUCUGUUGAAGUUUGUAGGAAUGUACAGGAAGAGACAGCAGUACAUCAGGGGCCUGUCAGUGUGUAUCUUGGAAUAAAAAAGAACUCCAGGUAACAUAUAUCAGAGCAACUUCUGAAAGUACUGGAUUCUUCAGCAGGGUGGAGACUCCAGUCUCCCCUUACAGAUAUAUUCCUGCCUGGACUCAGGCACAGAGACUCUGGUGUUGCUACAGAGCACUCCAAAACCUGGGAACUGCAGUUCUAACAUCUUGGGCUUGAAGAAAAACCUGAAACUGUUAUUUCCCAUUUUCAAAAACAGUAUUGCAGCUACAAGCUGAGCAAAAGUUGGACACACCCUUUGGUUUUGAACCAGACUUGAUGUUAUUGAAACAAGUUGUUGCAGCUUCAGUGUACAGGUAACCAGUUCCCACCUGUCCCACUGGAACAGAACACUGAGAAUGUUCAUGGUUCUCUGCUGAUAGUGAGGGAGCUUUGUGGCCCCAGAGAGGGGUGCUGCCUGUUUUGAUGCACCCCCAGCGUUCAGGAAGAAAUUCUUAGCUGCUCUCAAGCUUGGUUGCUUAGAGUUGCCUCAUGAUGAAUGAAGAGAAUGUAAAAUUUAAAACUGAAGCUGAAAAAAACCC